AUGAGGAUCUGCUUCGCCUGCUCCGCGAGGGCUGUCUCUGACGCCAAAGCAAGGGAAUUGUUCGUUUUCGUCGCGAACAGUUUCCGCGUGGCCCGCUUGGCGGGCGACGUCCCGAAGGGCGAGAAACUGUCCGUGAGCCGGGUCAUCGGGCGCGAUAGGAAGACGCCAGCGAUGCCCCACGCGUUCUUCAAGAAAAAGGAGCUCGUCGAGUGCAUCUUCCACGAGGCGUUUCUCAUGAACAAGGAAGUGGGGAACGACGUGGCGGCAUUCAAGACGCCUCUCCACAUCCUCCAGAAGUUCGCUGCCUCUGGCGCGGAUGGGCUCGCGGCUUCGCACCGCGCGUCCGACUCAGGCGGCGGCGCCGACGGGAUGGAGACAUUGCUUGCGCUCCACGUGGCUGAGCAUCGGAACACCGCGGAUGUCAAGACGAAGGCGAUGAUCGACGUCGCGUGGCCUCUGUGGUCGAGCGCUUUCGACGACGAAAUGGCAGAGCUUGGCCAGCAGGAGUUGCAGAACAGCGCCACUGGGUUCGUCUGGCACACGUACCUCACCGAGACCAGCCAGGGCGUUGGUUCUAAGUACCGCGCCUUCGUGGCCGCGCGCACGGGCGGGCCGAUCCCCGCCGACCCCGAUCUGGAUGCAAAUGUCGGCUUGUUGGGGAUGUCCGAGCUCGGGGGCGAGCAAAAGGAAGAGUUCCAGACGCUCCAGGAGCAGCUCAAGCAGUUCCGCAGGAAAACUGUGAAGUUCGUCAGUUUGCCGUCUGUCGGCGCUGCCUCUGGUGCGGAGUGCGCAGCGGCGCAGGUGCAGAGUUUGUGGGAUGCGCUCAGCCUCGGGCACCGCUUCGGGAGGAGGAAGAACGACGUUCGCGCGUUCAUCCUCUCAGCGGAGUCGUUCCCGCCCAACGUCGUCAAGCAAGGCGGCAAGGCGAGGAUGAGCGAGAAGAUGGCGUGUGGCGAGGCGAAGUUCACGCGCGUCGUCGAGUUCUUCUUGCAGAAGAGGCAGAAUGAUGAUAUCCUCAUCUCCCUCGACGGCAGGAGCCGCGCGAACCGCAGGGUCAUUGAGUCCUUCGAAACGAAGUUGGAGUCAGGAGGUCCCCGCGCGCACGUCGAGUGCUGGUUCGUGCACGAGCAACCGACGAAGGAGGAGGACCCGCGGCCCGCGGCCAGGGCGUCGAGCUACACGAAGAACAACAGGGAGACUGCCAUUUUCGCGAUGCCACUCAAGGGGGACAUCGACUCGAAGGGCCACCCGUUCUCGCACAGCGAGGUGAAGCCGCUCAGCUUGUGGCAGACUCUCGUGGAGCACCACAAAGUGACCCGCGUCGCGGACUUCACUCCAGGUUCUGGUGCUUUGGCUGUUGCUGCCUCUGGCGCAAUGGAGUGCGAUGGCAUCGCUGCCAACGAUGCGCGCCGGGACUGGCUCGACUCCGUCGUGGGCAGGCGCGCGAUGCACAAAGCGGGCCACGACGAGGGGUGCGCGGAGCAAUUGGGCGGCGACGCCGAGUUCGUCGAGAAAGCCAGCAAGUAUUUCAGCGGAACCAUGAUGGAGGCGAAACGUCUGUUGAUGCCAGUGGCCGGGGACGGUCGCUCGAGCAUUCGUUUCCGAGAUGGGGCCCAGUGGCAUCGGUUCUGGGGGGUGAGUUAUGCGGCGGCGCGCGACAGCGAUGUAGGCACCGCGGCUGUCGGCGGCGUCGGCUCUUCUGAGGCGUGA